AUGGCGAAAUCGAAGAAAAAGGUUGUGAUUUCGGCAGCGGUUAAGCAGACCGCAUCGAAAAAAGUACAUCGAAGUGUUCGGAAGGAAGCUAAAUCGAAAAAUCUUGAUUUUUUGCUCGCUCCUCAUCAGAACAAAAAUGUCGACACAGAAAUUCAAGAGAUAAGCCCCGAAAAGCCUUCAACUUCCACAGCAGUUCCGCAGCGACAUCGCAGUGGCAAACGACCGGUGGAAUUGUCUGUCCGCAGUCAUUCCAGUUAUUUGGUCCGCAGCAAGGAGAACACGCCCUGUCAACAGGGUGAUGGAGUAUCCGUAUCACCUCCAUCUGCUAAACGAUGUGCCAUCCGUGUACCGGUCAUUUAUCUCGAAAAACAAAAUCUGCAGCGCGGAAAUAAAAGAUCAACACUGCUCCGUGGCAGCCUGUCGGAUGGAGAGAACGAUGAAGAGCACUUCGAGUCGAAUGCGGAUGAAAACUACCACAAAAUGCCGUGCGUGGGCCGUUCAAAGGAUCCCUCAGGAGCUGUUAAAAAGUUUAGCCAGGAGUUGACAUCCACUAAUCAGGUGAAAUCAUCGCAGGAAGAGGGCCGUGAAAAGAGACCGGCAGCAAUAUCAGUCACCAGUUCCAUUGACCAGACCGAGGACGAUUUUCACCAACAACAAGACGUAAACAAAACGCCAUCAUUCGCUCUUCCUGCAAAACGGUUGGCAUUCCGAGCACCCUUGAUUGAUUUUCCAACAGAUGGAAAUCUACAGUUUCUCAAAGAUUGGCUGUCAGAAGAAGAAGACGAAAGUGAGAGCUGUGAAUCGGAAACACAAAAUGCGUGUGAAACAGACGACGACCUUGAUGACCGUCCUAAGAAUCUAUCAAAGACUGGUGCGGUUAAGGUAAAACAACAAAAGUCGGGCCAGAAGCAAACAUCCGGAAAACAGGUAGGAGUAACAGCAGUUCCGCAGCAACAGUUCGCCGCAAAACAACAGGCAGCAAAAUCAAUCCGCCAUCAGUCUGGUUCCUUUGUUCAGAUCAAGGAAGCUAUGCUCCGUCAACAAGCUCCAUCUACAAUACGAUGUGCCGUUCGAGAGCCGUUGAUUGAUUUGCCAACAAUCGAAAAGCUGCCGUUAAAUGAUGUAAUGCAUCCACCAUCACCCACAGCUAUCGGAUCUUUUCAGCCAAAUCCACUAGUCGAGGCAGACACCGAUUUCCGCUGUGUUUGCGGACAGCAGGCUAAGAUCGAUCAGCUUAUCCACCUGAACAAUGCCCUAAUUGCGCAAAAUAAGAAAUUGAAACUUGCUAAUGAGAAAAGCUCACUCCGCUGUCUCACAUUGACGGACGCCCUAAAUGCAAAAGUGUUGAGAAAGACACAUGACGAAAAGUUCACCGAAUUGCCCGGUUUCCCCGACAAAAAUAAGUUGAAGAAAUUUUCUGAAACUGCUGGGAGCCGCGACUACAUUUUUGUCAAGCUAUUGCUGAUGGAAAUCUUCACGGAUGGUCUGAAAAACAUGACACUCACGGGUCGUGUAACAAACAAUCCAAAUGGUCGGAAAGGAGGUGAGCGGAUUCAAAACGAAAUGCCGGAAAAAGUUCGCCUAGAUCCUGAGAAAGUUAAAUACAUCGAAGAGCGAUUUGUUGAGCACCGAGUUUAUCAAGGGGAAACCCCGGCCGUCGCUGGAGUUAAGGUUAAACAAUGUCGCGAGCUGAUCGCACGCGUUCUGAUUUACUAUGGUAAGAAAUAAUUUGUCACCGAUUCAAUGUUUUAAUACAAUUCAGAAGUUGAAUUUCAA